CGGCCGCAGGUUCCAGAGCGGGUUGGAGCAGCCGCGGGCGCGCCGCGCACUGCAGCCCCAGCCCAAGCCUUGGGCUCCACACUCGCAGCCCAGCUGCGGCCUCGCCUUGGCUAGGCCCUGAAGGCAAGGACAAAGAGGCUGUCUGGAGGCUCCGCCGGAGCCAGAUUUUACCUGCAGUUGGAAACACAGGCUUCAAGAUGGUUUGCGGGGGCUUCGCGUGUUCCAAGAACUGCCUGUGCGCGCUCAACCUACUCUACACAUUGGUUAGCCUGCUUCUGAUUGGAAUUGCUGCAUGGGGCAUCGGCUUCGGGCUGAUUUCCAGUCUCCGUGUGGUCGGCGUGGUCAUCGCCGUUGGCAUCUUCUUGUUCCUGAUCGCGUUAGUGGGGCUGAUUGGAGCUGUGAAACACCAUCAGGUGUUGCUUUUUUUUUACAUGAUUAUUCUCUUGCUUGUAUUUAUUGUCCAGUUUUCGGUAUCAUGUGCCUGUUUAGCCCUGAACCAGGAGCAACAGGCUCAGCUCCUGGAAGUUGGUUGGAACAAUACAGCAAGUGCUCGGAAUGACAUCCAGAGAAAUUUAAACUGCUGUGGGUUCCGAAGUUUUAACCCAAAUGAUACCUGUCUGGCAAGCUGUGUGAAAAGCAGCCACCCCUGCUCACCCUGUGCUCCAAUUAUAGGAAGGUAUGCGGGAGAGGUUUUGAGAUUUGUCGGUGGCAUUGGCCUCUUCUUCAGUUUUACAGAGAUCCUGGGAGUUUGGCUGACCUACAGAUACAGGAACCAGAAAGACCCUCGUGCUAAUCCUAGUGCAUUCCUUUGAUGAGAAAACAAGGAACAUCUUUCAUAUGCUGAUCUUGUACACAUCUUCUAAGUUAAGCUAGUUUGCCUGUUUAAGGAAACAGUACCUGAAAAAUUACAUUAUUGACAGUGGAGUUACAUAUUUUUAUGUUUCUCUAAAUGUUUUUCUUUUUCCGUUGCUGAAACAAAUCUGAAACUUGUGGUCUCCUCUGAACCUCAGUGGUAGCUGUAAUCUGCUGUUUUUCACAGUGUCUGGCACUGUCUACUGUGGCCUUUCUUAGCAUUUUUACCUGCAGAAAAACUUUGUAAGGCACUAUUGUGUUGAUCAUAUUGUGACUCUUAAUGUACAUCUCACUGGAAUAAUUGUUAAAUGGCACUGUGCUGUAUAGAUAGUUCUCACUGGAAAAAAAGAGUUGAAGUUUAUUAAAGCCAGAAAGUAUGAGAUUAUUAUAAGUUCAACAAGGGAAAUCUAAACUCCCCAGUUUUUUGUCCUUUUAGGAAAGAAGUGAUGUGGUGAAUAUUGUUAAUAUAAAAGUGAUAAGUUAGUUCUAGUAGUCUUUCUGAUCACACUAAUGUAGUCUAGAAAUAGUCGUGUCUUUAGGAAAGUAUGGUUUAGGUUUUGAUUUUUACAGGUAAGUGAAAAGGAGAAAUGAUUUCCUUAAUGUCCUAAUGUGUAACGUUUACCUUUGGCCUUCAAAAUGAAAUGAGUUUGAGAAAUUCAGAAAGCAUAUCUAUAUAUAAUCUUGGUAUCCUUUUAUAAUAAUUUGAAGUCCAAAAGAUUGCCUUUUUAAACAAGUUACUAUUAAUUCGUUGGCUCACAUAGUAAAACAAUAUUUGAUUAUCUUACAAAUUCUAAAUACCCUUCUCAUGAAAUUUCUCAGUAUUGUCACAGCAGCUUGUCAAAUCCAAGCAUAUUUGAAUGUGAUCUCCCAUAAUUUGAAAUUUAAAUAGUAUUGUGGUUCUGUAUAUUAUGUUAAAAAAUUAAAGUAUGGAAACCUUUCUUCGUCUUUGGAUGUUUGAAUUAAAAGAAAGUAAUGGAAAGGUUGAUAAAUGAAUUAAGUGAA